AUGGCUUGCGGCUCAUUAACACCUAAUGUGUUCAUCUCAGAACUUGAUCAGAUUAUGAACAUCUUGGAACGAGGCACAAUCGUCACACGAUUUUAUUUGAAGAAACGGCCUGAGAAACGAACACUGAAGCUACGCAAGGAAACACGACAGAUUCUCUGGUCAAGGACAAGCAGUAGCAACAAUAAAACAUUUGAUGGCUCUUUGGACCUCAAAGAUGCCAAAGAAGUACGUUGUGGUAGAAAUAGUAAAGAAUUUGAUAGAUGGCCUGAUGAAUUGAAGAAAUUUGAAGCGUCCAAAUGCUUUGUCAUAUUUUAUGGCAACGAAUUCAAAUUGAAAACUCUGUCCAUAGUUGCAUUAUCUGAACAAGAAUGUGAACUAUGGAUCAAAGGCUUAUAUCAUCUUGUAAAUGAUACUGUCUGUGCUCCAUAUCCAUUACAAGUUGAAAGAUGGCUGCGUAAAGAAUUUUAUAUUAUGGAAAAUUCAAGGGAAACAGUGACAUUGAAAGAUGUAAAAGCUUUUUUUCCUCGUGUUCAUUGCAAAAUUUCAACCAGUAAACUACGAGAGUUGUUUCAAGAAGUCGAUACCAGGAAGCGUAAUGAGCUUAAUUUUGAUGAGUUUGUCACUCUCUAUAAUAAGCUUAUCUAUAAUUCAGGGAUUUUCAAUGAAUGUUUUUCAAUGUAUUGUUCAGCUGACGACACAUUCAACGUUCAAAAUCUAACUAGGUUUCUGAACGCUGAGCAAGAAAGUUUAUGUCUUGAAGAAGAAGUUGUUGCUAAACAUAUGAAAGAAUAUUUCAAGUAUUGUGGAAGAGAUUUAAAUGAUAAGCUACAAUUUACCUCAACUGAUUUUAUGGACUAUUUGUUUUCAAAACAAAAUGAGAUAUGGGAUCAAUAUUAUGACAAUAUAUUUCAGAACAUGACAAAACCACUUUCACAUUAUUGGAUAGCAUCUUCUCAUAAUACCUAUUUAACUGGCGAUCAAGUAUCUAGUGAAAGUUCAAUUGAGGCAUAUGUAAGGUGUUUACGUUGGGGAUGUCGCUGUAUAGAAUUAGAUUGUUGGGAUGGACCAGACGGACUGCCAAUAAUAUACCAUGGCCAUACAUUAACCAGUCGUAUAAAAUUUUUAGAUGUCCUAAAAACGAUUAAAGAACACGCUUUUAUUGCUUCGCCGUAUCCAGUUAUUUUGUCAAUAGAAGACAACUGUUCAAUACCACAACAGCGAAAUAUGGCAUCAACUAUGAUUGAAGUAUUAGGGGAUAUGUUACUUACACAACCGGUUGACCGGAAUGAAAACAAAAUGCCUUCCCCUGAACAACUUAUGUAUAAGUUCAUAAUAAAACAUAAAAGACUUCCAGAAAAAGUUAAUGGAGACCAAGCUGUCACAAUUAGACAUAACGAUGACUCUAAGGACACUGAUUUAAGAAACACAAAAAAAAAUGGAGUACUUUAUCUAGAAGAUCUGUUAGAAAAAGAAUGGAGACCUCAUUUUUUCGUACUGUCUGGUAAUAAGCUUUAUUAUACAGACCUCUGUAAAUCAGAUAUCGAUAAUGAAGAUGAAGCAGAUGGAGGAGAGUUAGAAAUUAGUGAUGUAUCUAGUGCAAAUCGAUUGAGAGAAGGUAUACCUAAUGAUGAAUUACAUUUUGGAGAAUACUGGUUUCAUGGAAAAUUAGCUCGUGGUAGAAAUGAAGCUGAAGAACUAUUGAAACAGUAUCAGCAUUUUGGAGCCGGUACAUUUCUAGUAAGACAAAGUGAUACAUUCAUUGGCGAUUAUUCUCUAUCAUUCUGGCAUCUAGGCAAAGUAAACCACUGCAGAAUACGUUCAAAGCAUGAUAGAGGUCAAAUAAAGUAUUAUUUGAUAGAUGGUGCUGCAUUUGACAGUUUAUAUAGUUUGAUAACUUAUUAUCGUACAUAUCCAUUACGAAUACAAGAAUGCUAUAUUAUUUUGAAUGAACCUGUACCUCAGCCUUUAAAGCACGAAGGGAUGAGUUGGUAUCUUCCUCAUGUUUGUAGAAGUCGAGCAGAGGCAUUAUUGCGACGAGUACCACAAGAAGGUGCAUUUUUGGUGCGACCAUGUGAAAAUGACAAACAUCUUUAUGCUAUUUCAUUUAGAGCUGAAAAGAAAAUUAAACACUGUCGUAUUAAACUUGAAGGGCGAUUGUACACUAUCGGUGUAAAACAGUUUGAAAGCCUAGUAGAACUUAUAAAGUAUUAUGAACAAAAUUAUUUAUACAAAAAAAUUAAACUAUGGUAUCCUGUAAAUGAAGAUAUUGUACACAGAUUGGGAACUGUGAGUAUAAUAUACAUAAUAUAUAUAAUAUAUUAA